AAAACAGUCUAACACAAAUGCCGAACAUCCACCUGUCCAUUGUCUUGAACAAAAAGAAAAAAAAAAAAGAAGUUCCAGUACCACUAUCUUCUCCAAGCCAAAACGGAAAAGAAAAAGAAAUACAAUUCAACCAAUAAUCUCCAAAAUUUUGCUGUUAACCCCAUUUUCAGUCUGUCCUUUGACGGCAGCUAUAAAAGCAUCGUCCACCCAAACAUACAAAGAUAAAAGAAAACCCUGUCGGUACUUGCUUCCAGAUCUGCACUCCCCCAAGUACUCCCUCACUAGCCAGUUUCCAGAACCAAAAACACCUAACCCCAGAUCUAUCAUUAUUCUUUUCCUUCUUGCCUUUUUUAUUUCUUUCAUUUUUCUUUUUCUUACUAGUAUUUUGUUUCAGCUUUUUUCUUCUUUGUUGGUUUUUGCCUUUGGAUUCUGAAAAGAUAUGGACUCUGAGCAGCGUCGGAAGCGGAAGAGAAUCUACAGGCCGUACUCACGUGCUCAGUUUUUGUCAGUAAGAUCGUUAAUCUUGUGCUUGUCUUUCUUGGUUUUCCUUUUGUUCUUGUCUUCGGAUAGGUUUCCAAUCCGGACCGCGUCCUUUCACCCAGUUCUCAGCGUCCCAAGUUUUUCAAUCUUGUCAAAAAGUUCCCUUCAGGAUUCUUUUCCUGGUAAAUUACGGUUACCUUUGAGAGUAGAAGAUCGAGUUUUGUUCCCUGAUCACUUGCUCUUGCUUGUAGCCGGCAAGAUUGAUCAAGCUGACAAGUUGGACUGUGUUUACUACAAAAUUUUGGAUGAUUCUGGUGAAAUAGUCAAGGAGCGUAAAGAUAAGGAUAUUGUCCAUCAGGUGGUUUUGGCUAUUGAUGAAUAUGAAGGAUUUAGAUCGAUUGUUAGGUGCCCUAUCCCACCUCGGAAUUAUUCGGCUGCUGUGGCUUUGAGGCGGCGAGGAGAUGGGGUUGAUUAUGCUUGGUCUUUGAGGAGUAAUCAGACGGUUCAUUCAUGGAAUAGAAUAGUUUAUGAGGCAGCAUUUGAUGGGAAAACUGCGGUUGUUUUUGUUAAAGGGUUGAACCUUCGACCCCAUAGAGCAUCCGAUCCUACCCGGUUCAGGUGCCAGUUUGGCUUGGGGAAUGGGAAUAAAGAUGAAGGAUUUGUGCUAAUGACUGAAGCCAUAGCGGCUGCACAAGAGGUUGUUAGGUGUUCAUUGCCGAGUAGUAUAAGAAAUAAUCCAGAUAAGGCUGAGGAAAUUCGAGUUACUGUUGUCCAUGCUGGUGAGAGUAAUGUGGAACAUGAGCCAGUGCCAUCUGCGGUUAGAAUUCACAAUUCCAGAUCCUACGUGAACAGAAUGAAUCAGAGAAGGCAUAAGGAGAAUGUGCCUAUGCCUUCUGUGGCUAAAUUAUACGAUUCAAAGUCCUACCAGAAGAGAAGGAAGGGGGGGAAAUAUGAGCUCUGCGCCUGCACUAUGCUCUGGAACCAGGCACCGGCACUGCGGGAGUGGAUUAUGUACCAUGCCUGGCUAGGGGUUGAACGAUGGUUCGUUUAUGACAACAAUAGUGAUGAUGGAAUUCAACAAGUCAUUGAAGAGCUUGAUUUUCAAGACUACAAUGUGAGCAGGCAUACCUGGCCAUGGAUUAAAACCCAAGAGGCAGGGUUUUCACACUGUGCUUUGAGAGCAAGAGAGGAGUGCAAAUGGGUAGGAUUCUUUGAUGUUGAUGAGUUCUACUACUUCCCUCGUCAUCACCGGAGAGGUUUACCGGGUCAAAAUUUACUGAGAUCCCUGGUAGCAAAUUACUCGUCAUCAAGGACAAUUGCAGAAAUAAGAACAGCUUGCCACAGCUUUGGUCCAUCUGGAUUGAGCUCACCUCCAUCGCAAGGAGUAACUGUAGGUUACACUUGCCGGCUUCAAAGCCCUGAGCGGCACAAGUCUAUUGUGCGCCCUGAUUUACUCAAUGAAACUCUUCUCAAUGUGGUGCACCAUUUCCAGCUGAGAAAGGGAUUAAGGUACCUGAAUGUGCGUGAAGGUUCUAUCGUAAUAAACCACUACAAGUACCAGGUAUGGGAGACCUUUAGAGCAAAGUUCUUCAGAAGGGUUGCAACUUAUGUUGUUGACUGGCAACAAAACCAAAACCAAGGGUCAAAGGACAGAGCGCCUGGGCUAGGAACUGAGGCCAUCGAACCACCCAAUUGGCGGCUACAGUUCUGUGAAAUCUGGGACACCGGUCUGAGGGACUUUGUCCUGACAAAUUUAGCUGAUCCUGCCACUGGAGCCGUUCCCUGGGAGAAGGCUCUUUUGUAACAAUACCAAAUAUGGUUGCUUCCAGCCUUGUGCCCGUGUAAAACGGAGUCAUGUCAGCAGCAAAAAUUCAUUCUUUCCAUUUAUAUAUGAGAUCAAUUGAUUAUAGGGUUCUUACACAGCUGUAAAUAUUGUGAUGAUGAAAUAACAUUUUUCCCUCACUUUAAUUUCCA